AUGCCAGCUAGAGAUCCAGCAACUUCACCACAUUUACCAUCCACUUUACCUUCCAAUCAUCCCAGUUUCUCCCAUGCAUCUUCCCCAAUCUUACCCACUCAUCAACAAACCAAAUCCCAAAAUAGUCAACCUCUAUCGCCACCAAUCUCAGCUUCAGCUUCAGCAUCCUCAUUCUCAAUUAGAACUUUAGCCUCUGCGAAAAACAACUCGGAACCUCCUACACCAGAUCAUCAAGGUGGAAACAGUUAUUUCUCACAAGUAUUAAGAAGAGUCAGCGGUGGUGUAGAUUCAGGUCCGAGUGCAUUACAACCUAUGGAUAAUCAUAGUGCAACGAAUAACGGUUCAAGCCAUAAUGAUUCUGCUGUCGGGAUAAACUCAAAGAAUGGCGGUGUGUCAAGGAGGAGAAGUGUUGAUUGGAAUAAUAAUAACAACAAUAACAAUAACAACCAUCAUGACGAUCGAUUCUCUCUUAUUCCGCACACGCAUUCUUCCAACACUUCCCAAUCAAUUCGAGAUUCAACAGCAAGAUUAGCGUCCAUGUCAUUCUCGUCUCGACCUAGAGCUAUAUCAUCUGCUACUGGAGGGGGAGCAGGAGCAGGAGCAGGAGAAUCCACUUUUAGUCAUUUCUCACCUUCCAAAUCACCAUUAGCCUCCAAAAAUGGAUCGAAUUCAGCUUCCAAUUCCAAUCAUAUGGCCGCUCAAUCUGUUUCAUCAUUGUCAAAACCACAUCGUCCCGCGAAUCCCAGUCACCUCAACCCAGCAAUUGCAGUUGGGGAUAAAUCAUCUUCUCCAGAGGAUGAUCUAUCAAAGAAUGGAAUGGCAGUUUCACCUUAUACGGGUCAAAGAUCAGGUCUUAGUAUGAUGUUAGAAAGAGCUAAAGAAGCUGCUGAAACAACGAGUGUAAAUGGUAUUGUUGAUUCGAAUGAGCACAAAUCUCCAAGCAAACCUUCAAGUGUGACAGAAAGUGAUGAACAAUCAGGGGAGAGAACACCUGUUCCACAUAAAAAACCACUUGCAGAUCUCGACUGCGAAGUGAUCUCAUCAUCGGCAAGCUCACAAGGAAAUCCAUCUAGACAUGCAUCAGCUUCUUCACUAAGACGAUAUUUAGCAGAUGAGGUAGCUAGAGAAGAUCUUGAACGUGCCAACGCUGAUGAACAUACUCCGUUACUUGGUGGAAAUGUUGAAGGGAAGAAAAGAUCUUGGGGUGGUCAAGCUCUAUCAGAUGUCAAAAUAUGGAAAAACAGUUUAGCUAAAGUAUCAGCCAAAGAUGUCGCUAAAGGCUGUGUCGUCGAACCAGUCAAAGCUAUUCCUUCGGUCAUUCUGGGUUUACUGUUGAACGUACUUGACGGUGUCAGUUAUGGUAUGAUAUUAUUCCCCGCAAAUGCAGUGUUCGUUGAUUUUGGUUCGUUAGGAGUCUCCAUGUUCUUCAUGUCCUGUAUUGUCUCUCAACUAGUCUUCUCUCUGGGCGGUAGCAUCUUCCCAGGAGGUAACGGUUCCAUGAUGAUUGAAGCUGUACCAUUUUUCCAUAUCUUGGUGAAUACUUUUGAGACCGUUAUCGGCGACGACGAUCAAGCUAUUAUUGCUACUACCAUGGCAGCUUUCGCUUUCAGUUCCAUCUUGACUGGUAUUGUCUUUUUCUCCCUUGGAGCAUUUAAGCUUGGUGGACUGAUAGGUUAUUUCCCUCGACACAUCCUUGUUGGUUGUAUUGGUGGAGUUGGUGUUUUCCUUAUCGAAACAGGUUUAGAGGUCUCUCGAGGCUUGAAAGAAGAAGGAUUCGAAUACAAUCUCGCUACCAUCAAGAUUUUCUUUGAAUCUUCUCACGUCAUAGCAUUGUGGACCAUCCCUUUGGCCCUCGCCAUCCUCUUGAGAGUAAUAACUCAUUUCUGGCAUCACCAACUGGUCUUCCCUGCAUAUUUCCUUGUAAUACCUGUAAUUUUCUACACGGUAGUUCUCAUCGGAAGAUGGGAUAUCGAUUACCUGAGACAGACAGGAUGGGUAUUUGAUGUUGGAAAAAGUACCCAAAGCUGGUGGAAAUUCUACACGCAUUUCGAUUUCCGUAAAACGCAUUGGGAAGCGUUCUGGGCUGCUAUGCCUACACAACUCGCUUUGGUGUUCUUCGGUAUUCUCCAUGUACCCCUCAACGUGCCAGCUUUAGGCGUUUCAUUGGGUGAAGAUAAUGUUAAAUUGGAUAGAGAAUUGGUCGCCCAUGGUUUCUCUAAUCUUGCUGCUGGUUUGACCGGUACUGUACCUAACUACCUUACCUACGUCAAUACUGUUCUCUUCUACCGUGUUGGUGGAGGUUCCCGUUUAUCAGGUCUCAUGCUUGCUGCUGCUACUACAGCUGUCAUGAUGAUUGGACCUUCAGUCAUAGCGGCUCUGCCUGUCAUGUUGGUUGGAGCUUUGAUUUUCGUCCUCGGUAUAGACCUUGUGAUUGAAGCUGUAUGGGACACUCGAAACCGAGUGAACAAGUGGGAAUACAUCACCAUCUGGGUUAUUGCGAUUGGUAUGACAAUCUUCGACUUUGUCAUCGGUUUACUACUUGGUGUCAUCCUCGCUUGUAUCUUCUUUGUCGUCCAAAGCUCCCGUCGAAGAGCUAUUAGAACCGUGUUCAGUGGGGCUACAGCUCGAUCGACCGUUCGUAGACCUAAAUCACAGAGAGAAUUUAUUGUACAAGUUGGAUCUCAAACCUAUAUCAUGAAGCUCCAAGGUUUCUUGUUCUUUGGUACUAUCACUGCUGUAGAGAACGAGAUUCGACAUCUGCUUGAUCUUGCAAAAUGGCAGCAUAACCCCAUUCGAUUCCUUAUUAUUGAUCUGCAUUUAGUGCAUGGCAUGGAUUAUUCCUCGGCGGAAGCUUUCGUCCGUGUACAACGGUUAUUAGCUGCUAAGGACGUCCUCCUGAUCCUGUGUGGAGCGGCACCGAAUGGACUAGUAGGAACUGCACUCCAAUCUGUUGAUCUCUGGGCAGAUAGGGAGGGUACCAGGGUUGAAGUCUUCGCAGGAUUGAAUGAUGCCUUAGAAUGGACCGAGAACGCGUAUUUGACUGCGUUCUACGAGAAUCAACAGAUGCUUGAUCAAGACGUAUCAUCGACUCAAGGGAUCGAUUUCCCCAAAAUAGCCAAACCUCCGUUCACGCUUGCAGAAUCCUUCCAAAACUCUCCACGAAGAAGUCAUCUUGUCAAAGCUGGUGGAGACACUUUACCAAGAUCUGCAUUCCCAUCGCCCCCUAAACCUGAACCCUCGUCAUUACCUGAUUUCUCAACAAUGCAACCUAUCCCAUUACUAUAUCAGACAUUUGGAUCAUACCUAGACGAGUCAUCAUCAACAGAUCAAGAAUUCCUCAAUGAUUUAGUGCCUUAUUUCAAGAGAGAGUCAAUAUUAUCGGGAGAUACGUUAUGGAAUCAAAAUGAUCCUGGUGAUGGGUUAUACGUGAUCGAAUCAGGUUGUCUCAGAGCAACUUAUUUGUAUGAUGAUCACACCAGUCUAGUUCAAGAGACGAUGGUAGCUGGUACCAUAGCAGGAGAUCUAAGUACUUUGAGUGAAACAAAAAGAAAUUGUACGGUCGUAGCUGAAAGGGAUUGUACACUUUGGAAAAUGGAUCAACAAAGUUUACAAAAUUUAGAAAAUGAAAAAUCGGAAACUGCUAGAAAAUUCAUCAAAAUCGUUUUGAAAGCUGUCGCUGAAGAACAUGAAGUUUUAAGUUCACAUUUGAUGACUGUCCUGUCAUAA